UUUGAACCUCAAAAUCUAAAUUUUUUUUAUAUAACCUUUUAUUUAUUUUAUCCAAUAUAUAAAUGAAUGAAUAAAAUGAAUAAAGAAAAAGAAGAACCAUCACAUAACUCAAAUACACCUGUGGAUGUAGAUCAUGUAUUAACAGAUGAAACAGCGAAACAAUGGGGCUAUGAUCUCUAUCCCGAACGUCGUGGUAACAAAUAUAAAGCAAGUUGGGGUGAAAUUUUAACUGGUGCCGGUGGACAUGAACACAUAGACCGUGUAAAAUGUGAACGAAACGUAUAUUCAUGUGUGAAAAAUAGUCCAAUAAUCAAAUUAAUGAUGGGAGCCUUAAAGAAUUCUGGCUGUCCCAUUGAUAUUCGACGGCAUAUAUCAUGUGAAGUAUGCGAUAUAUCUGUAACUGGUGGAUACGAUCCUCUCAUGAAUCAAAUUGUUGUUUGCCAAAAUGUUGCAAAAAGUGAAGGAAUGACUCAAGGUGUCUUAAUGCACGAAAUGAUUCAUAUGUUUGAUUAUUGUAACAAUAAAGUAGACUUUACAAAUAUUGAUCAUUUAGCUUGUACAGAAAUCCGUGCAGCGAAUUUAGCACAUUGUAGUUUUAUGAGUGCUUGGAUGCAAGGUGAUGCAUCAUUAAUAAAUAUUAGAGCACAACAUCAAAAUUGUGUAAAAACGAAAGCAUUAGCCAGUGUAUUAGCUGUAAGAAAAGUGACGAAAGAUGAAGCGAUUGCAGCUGUUGAACGAGUGUUUCCUAAAUGUUAUGCAGAUCUAGAACCUGUUGGACGACGAAUACGUAGAGGAUCAUUAGAUAUGCAUAAAGCAUACUUAGAAGGAUAUUUAUAUGGCUAUGAUCUUUAGUACUUGUAACAAAAAUGAUAAUUCCUAGAAUAUGAUACUUCAUUACUUUGUCUCGUAAAAGUAAAUAACGGUAAAAUAAAUUUUGAAUAAACAAUUGAAAUUGGAUAGCCCACUCUGGUGAUAUUUUUUUAAGCAUCUUAGUUCAGACCUAGAUUGAGCCGUUCAAAAAAUGG